AUGGGACGGCGAAGCCGCUUGGUCAACGCGUGCGUGAAACAGACAACCAAUGAGAGGCAUGAUGAUGGCCCGUUCAUCGACUACAUGUUCCGGGAAGUGGCCCGCCGGGGGUUGUUGCGAGAUGAAGAAGCUGUGGCCAAUUUCACAGCUGAUCCACUGUCCUUUGUUCGACGUAUCCUGACAUCUGACUAUGCAGCCCAGGCCACUGCAGAUCAGACGCUGGUGCGUGAGCAGCUCAUUUGGAGGAUGACGCAUGUCCUGCGAGGAGAUCAUUCGCCAUCCGCCAGCAACCAUUGGAAGGUUGUGCAGGAGGUUUACCGAGUCCUGCGUGCAGCGAGAUUGCUAAGAACUAGGGUAAGCUUGCAUUUACUUCAGAAGAACAUCCAGGAGACCAUUGAUAGGAAGGAAGCAAGAAAGCAGGCCGAGACGACGUUCAAUCGACAUAGUCGUUUGAAGGACUUCUGGCCGCAGUUCCACAAUUCUUCACGGCUCGGUACUCCGCUGGAUGUCAAGAGCUUCACCGCAAGUGACGUGGCGCUGCCAGCGCUGGUACCCAGUCACUUGGGAAAAUCGAAGGCUUCGAAGGCCUCCAAAAGUUUGAAGGAUCUCGAGUGGAAGACUCGCGGCGCCCGUAGCCAUUGCUCUGCCGGUUCCUGGAACUGGCUGCCAGCCUUGAUGGAGCCGCCCCUGAACACAGUGAAAGAUGGUGUUGCACGGUCUGCUUCAACUUCCAAGAUCAGUCCAGCAGACCCGAAGCAGCAAGACACGGCUUCAAAGGACAUGUGCGGCCUGACCACUUACCUGCGAGAGAAGGGAGAGAUGUUCCCAAAACUCAUUCCAGACUCUGCCACGACGUUGCCCACAUCAUUGCUUCCAAGCAUCCAGGACAAUCCAAAGGAAUCUGUCCUGCUGUACAAGGGCAAGUUCCAGCGUCCUUGGCAGGUUGGUCAACUUGCAAAACAGUCACUCUCCACGAAGCAGUACCUUAGCGCCUGCAAUCGGGAAGGGCUCUUGCCCUCGACAGAUCCAUUCGUCACAGGCCACUCGGACUGCAUAAAUGCCAAGGCUCAGGGCCUUUCGGACCGAGACCUUUUGGCCAUAUGCGAAAUGCUUGACACAGGCUCCCCCGUGCGAGAACUAGACUUGGAAGGGAAUGCUUCCAUUUCAGAGAAAGCUUUCCUGCAUCUCUUCACCUACUUUCAAGACUCCACGACGGAUUCUCAAAGAGAGAGGCCUCGCAAUCGGAACCUCCAGAAGCUGAGCUUGGCUGGUUGCCCCAACUUAGUGCAAGAUGAGCCGUUUGCAGGCCUCAUUCAGUUGCUGAAUUCCGCGAGCAUGCAAAACUUGCUGUCUUUGAAUCUGGCGGGUUUGGCGAUUGGGGUGAAUUGGCAGGUUCCCCUUUGCAAAGCUAUUCGAAAUCACAGCUCCCUGAAAACUCUAUCCUUGGCAGACACAGGGCUUGGCACUAGAUCCUCAAGCGACGAGGACGACAACACGAUGAUUUGCAUUGUGGAGUUGCUUAGUAGUAGAAGCAUACUGCACUUGGACCUCAGCUGGAACUGCUUCGGUGCGCUUGGCUUCGACUUCCUCGGCCAGAAGUUGAUUGAGUUGGGCACUCUGGAAAAACUGGACCUUGCGAGCUGCUCAACGUUGUCCAAGAAGUCGCCUUGGAGCUCUUCCAUGGUUUACUUGCUUGAGCAUCUGAGCGAAAACACAUCCUUGCAACUCUUGAAUAUUGCAGGGAAUUACUUGGAUUUUCGAGCAGCACUUCUUCUUGAGGACUCUCUGGAGAACAACACGGUGUUGCGAGAGAUGGACGUGUCACACAACGGUCUCGGCAAUUUGGGGAUUCGCAGCUUGCUACGCUUGCUUGCCAGAAAAACAUCAGGCUUGCAAUAUUUCCAUUUCGAGAAUUGCAGCAAGGGCACAGUCGUUGGAGCCCGGACAGAUUUGCAAAUAUUCCGUGCGUCUCGCCCUCAAGGGCGAUACAAGUUUGAUUUGGCACAGCCUUAUCACCGCACCUUGCUUCGCAUGCUGUACAAAACCGCAGAGCGACUCAAUGUGGCUUUCGACCAAACAUUCCGCGACAUGACUGCCUCACCGCCCUACAGUCAUGCAUCCAAGAAUUCCAGUGGCAUCUACUCACUACCACAGGCUGGUACUCUUGAGCUGACGUUUACCAUGGAUAAGGUGCUCGAGGACAGAGCUGCCCUAGCCAAAGGCAGUUCAGACUCCUUGGACUUUAACUCAGUGCUCACAUGCCAUGCCCAGUUGCUGCGGAUUUUGCCAGGCCGCUCAAAGCAGGUUGCACUGCUGGCUCAAUGGAGGCGGAUGGAAGGCUUGCGAGAGGAGCAGAGCAUCAUGAUUGAUGCUUUGUCCAAAGACUUCCGUCUUAGCUUCGCUCAGAUCGCAGUAAUGUGCCAAGACCGGGCUCAGAUUUGGGAUGUUAUGGCGAGCCUUCAGUGCACUCCGCUAGAAAGCCCCUUGCAAGCCUAUUUGGGAAUGCGCCUCAUUCCCAAUUCCUGUGACUAUGUAAGAAUGCUUCAGCGGUCAGCGCGGCAGUUCUCGUUCAACGCUGGCAAUCCAACUGGUCACUAUUCUUUGGACAUGUCCAAUCCGGUGGAUUAUGGCGUGGCUGAAAGCCUGGCAAUCCUAGACAACUGGGAGGGCAUUCUGCGAAUAAAGGAAGGCGGGACAGACACCUCGCAGCUCGGCAACAACUCUCACGCGCGCAACAUUCAGCAUGCAAAUUGCCCUCUUCCAUGCAGUCUCACGGAUUGGAUUCUCGCAGAAAGCGAUGUCCUCGAGCUGGACUACAACAGUUCACGGAGGCCAAGAGGCGCUGAGCCUGUGAAAGAUGACCAGUUCGAGCUGAUCAUGACGGCUUUGCUUCAGUUUGCACGGUCUCCUUCUCGCUGCAGGCUGCAAGCUCUCCUGCAGAUUUCCCACACACUUUACUUGACAUGCUUGCAGCUACGUCAAAUUCUCGACCUGUUCAAAGACUCAACUACUCGUUGUGAUGCCUUCGCGAUGUUUUACAACCGCAUAGUGGAUAUCCAAUUUGAGAAGCUCGUGCGGAUGAGACUAGACGAUGAUGCAUCAACCUCCAUGUUGCAACGGUUAGGAUAUGCCGCGAGCUUCCCUUACCUCCAACCGGAGCAGAUUCACAUUCAGUUGAGCUGCAAGAACUUUGACGAGAGGCUGUUGGUGAGUUCUCUUCUCAAGCUGUCCGGAAAGGAAAGUCCAUCCAACCUGAAGGACCCUUUAUACACUUCCGGAGAGGGUGCUGUAGAUCCACUCACGCUCGGAAUUCCUAAGUCUUGGGAACAGAUGUCAAACGUACCGAAGCACGGUGUCUUCGAGGCGGAGUACGUCUGCCGAGCCGACCAGCGCAGCUUCAAGAUGAGGAAAGACCUUUUGGAGCAGAUGGGAAGCUGGCAAACGGAAAUCGGAGAGGAAGAUGUUUUCUUCUGCAGCUUCACCAGCAAGUUGCCUGCCGAUGUCCUUUUGCUCACAACGUGGAUGAUAGCGAACUGCGACACUCUUGCAGCCGCAUUUGCACAGAUGAGGCAGGACAAGGACAAGGACAAGGAUGCCGAUGGACAGAUGAGCAGCCGUGAGUUCGAAGAAGGAUGCAAAAGAAUAGGAUUUGCCAGAUUCAAAGGGCCGGGGGAGCAGCAGCGGUUCCAGACUGUGUUUCGAUUCAUUGACGUUCGUUCGGAAGGCAAGAUUUCCCUGAAAGAUUGGGAUGCUCUGAGAUACGUGGAGCAGGAUUUGAAAGUUUGCAUUGGGGAGACGAUGCUAUUUUGUCGGCGGCUCUUUGGCGACGAGGAAAGUUCUUGGGCUGCACUCAGCGACGGCACUGCCACGAUGACGUUGGAGGAGUGGCAGGAAGCUUGGGACACGCUGGGCUAUUUUGGUCCGGUUGCGCAAAUCUUUGCGUUUUUGGACAAAGACGGUUCUGGCAGCUGCAGUAGCACUGCCUUCGAGCAGCUGUCAAAGUAUGAGGUGUCGUUGCAGGACAUGCUGGGUGCAGCGAAGCAAGAGUCAUGA